UUUAUAAAACAAAAUGAAAAUGAUAAGAUGAUAACAAAUUAUUUUCUGCAAAUAAGUCAUCUAAAGUAAUGGAAAGAUUAAACUACUUAUUGAACGACGUGCAUUUGUGCGAAGGUUAUUCUAUUGCGGAAUUAGUUCCGGAUCUUGUAUUGGAAAACAUAUUUUCAUACUUAUCUGUGAAAGAUCUUCGAAAUUGUUCCUUGGUUUGUAAGAGUUGGUACAGAAUCCUCAGUGAUGAAAACAAUGACGUAUGGAGAAUACAUUGUGUUAAAAGAUUGGCAGAAGAAGUCAUGAAGUCAGACUUGCUUUCUACAUUAACAACUUAUAAGGCAAAACUUAAGGCUUUCUUUCAUUCUUGGAAUCCGCAUGACUGUUCCAGAAACAUUUAUGUUAAACCAAAUGGAUUCACUUUGCACAGGAAUCCAGUAGCACAAAGCACAGACGCUUGCAGAGGCAAAGUGGGUUUCAAUUAUGGCCGACAUGCCUGGGAAGUGAUAUGGGAGGGCCCAUUAGGGACUGUAGCUGUGGUGGGCAUCUCAACCAAAGAAGCACCUUUACAAUGCCAAGGCUAUGUGGGGUUGUUAGGGGCUGAUGAACAGAGUUGGGGAUGGAAUCUUGUGGACAAUCACUUGCUGCACAAUGGUGACACUCAAGGACACUAUCCACUGCUUAACAAUUGUCCAAAAUAUCAAGUUGGUGAGCGCAUACGAGUUAUAUUAGACUGUGAGGAUAAUACUUUGUCAUUUGAAAGAAAUUAUGAAUUUCUAGGAGUUGCAUUUAAAGGUCUUCCCAACAAGCGACUGUAUCCAACUGUGUCAGCUGUGUAUGGAAAUACUGAAGUGUCUAUGGUUUACCUCGGUCCACCAUUAGAUGGCUGAUAGCAACUUUCAAUAUCUAGAUAAUGUUUUAAUGAUUAUAACCCGGUUUG